GAAAAUUUAUGUGCUGUCAGAUAUGUGAAUUGUGAAUAAAACACAAAAAAUAGAAACAAUGGCAAUAAGUUUAAUCUAACGAAAAGAAAAUUUAAUAAAUUAAAAUAGAAUAAAAGGAAGCCCAUCCAUCCGACAAUUAAAAGCGCUCAAAGAGUAGCCAAAAAAUCAUGGACGAGUCGACUUCAUCAUCAUCACCAUCGCCUCCUCAGCCAACCAUAAAUCUUCAACAAGGAGAUUUGGUGUGGUUUGAAGCAGGCUUUAACUUUCCAUUACCCGGUGAAAUCGUUGAGGUUCAUCGCGCUGCACAAAUUGUUAUUGUUUCGACUGUUAUUGACGGAAAGCCACAAACGUUUACACUUACAAUGACCGAUGGGAAUUUUAUGGUACGACAAGAUUUAGGAAAAAAUGGUGUUGAAGAUUUAACACAAAUAACAGAUCUGCAUGAAGCAUCAUUGCUUUGGAAUUUGAGAUUGAGAUACGAUAAUUUAUAUUCAAAUGGAAUUUACACAUAUUGUGGAAGCAUACUUAUAGCUGUUAAUCCUUAUAAAAUGUACCCAGAUCUCUAUGGAUUAGAAAUGGCGAAAAAAUAUGCAGGUAUGCCACUUGGAGUACUUCCACCACACCUUUUCGCUAUAGGUGAGGCAGCACAUUCAGCAUUGCCAUCACCACAAGUUGUUGUCAUUUCUGGAGAAUCUGGAUCAGGUAAAACUGAAUCAACGAAACUUGUUAUGCAAUAUUUAGCAGCAGUCGCGUCUGGCGGUGUUUCAUCAGCAUCAGCUCUUAUAACAGAACAAAUACUUGAAGCAAAUCCAAUUUUAGAAGCAUUUGGAAAUGCCAUAACACUUAAGAAUGACAACUCGAGUCGAUUUGGAAAGUAUUUGGAGAUUUAUUUCAAAUCCGGUGCCAUUAUAGGUGCAAAAAUUACUCAAUAUUUACUGGAAAAGUCACGUAUUGUAACACAAGCACAAGGAGAGAGAAAUUAUCAUGUAUUCUAUGAACUAUUAGGUGGACUUUCAGAAACUGAACGAUCAAAAUACGGCCUUUUAGAAGCCGACAAGUAUUUUUAUCUUAAUCAAGGCAAUUCCGACUGCUCUCCUAGUGGUCGAAUUGAUUGGAAUUCUCUGCAAGGUGCCAUGCAAGUUUUAGGAUUAUCAGAAAGUGAACGAGAAGGAAUUGUUCGAGUUUUAUCAGCUGUUCUUCAUUUAGGAAACAUAUAUUUCCAUAGAAGACAAUUAAAGCAUGGAUCAGAAGCUGUUGAGUUGGGUUCUACGGCUGAGGUUAAAUGGGCUGCUCAUCUCCUCCAAGUACCUUCCGAUGGUCUAAUGCGUGCAUUGACAUCACGCAUAACAGAAACGCGUAGCGAAAUACUUCAUACACCGCUUUCGAUUGAUCAAGCUUUAGAUACUCGUGAUGCAUUCGCAAAGGCACUUUAUUCUGGAUUGUUUAAUUGGCUUGUGUUGCGUAUUAACUCAAUAAUUCAUAAAGGUGGAACACAUGAUGCUCAUAGAAUCUCAAUAUUGGAUAUAUUCGGUUUUGAGUCGAUGGUAGAGAACUCGUUUGAACAGCUUUGCAUAAAUUAUGCAAAUGAAAGUUUACAUUUAUACUUUAAUAAACAUAUCUUUAAAUUGGAACAAGCUGAAUAUGCAAAAGAGCGCUUGGAAUGGACUCAAUUGGGAUGGGAAGAUAAUUUGCCAGUCAUUCAUUUGCUGGCAAAGAAGCCGCAUGGCAUAUUUCAUAUAUUGGAUGAUGAAUCAAACUUUCCUCGUGCAACUGACAAUAGUUUCCUUGAAAAAUGUCAUUACAAUCAUGCAUUAAAUGAAUUAUAUUCGCGUCCACGUAUAGGUGGACAAGAAUUUGGUAUUAAUCAUUAUGCAGGCCAGGUAUGGUAUACAGUCGAAGGUUUUCUUGAAAAGAAUCGCGAUGCAUUAAGACACGAUGUCCUUGAACUAUUAACAUCCAGUAAUGAGCCAUUAAUAGAAGAACUGACAAAACAUUUGAAAGCACAACGUGAUCAUGGAAAGUCGCUACCACGUGGAUCUAAUGGACGAUUUGUUACAAUGAAACCUCGAACGCCUACAGUCAGUGCAAGAUUUUCAGAUCAGUUACAGACACUAAUGGCAACAAUGGCUAAAUGUAAUCCAUGGUUUGUGAGAUGUAUAAAGCCAAAUAAUGACAAGCAAGCAUUAAGAAUGGACAUGCCGUGUGUCUUAAAUCAAUUAAGAUAUCUUGGAAUGCUCGACACAGUUCGAAUACGUCAGAAUGGCUAUCCGGUUCGAUUGAAAUUCCAACAUUUUGUAGAUCGUUACCGUCAUGCAAUGAAGAAACCAAUUCCUCGUGGUAUACCGUACCGUGACAUUUGUCGUUUGAUUCUUGAAUCCAUUCCAAAUACAGAAGAUGACUAUCAAAUAGGUGCAACUCGCGUUUUUGUACGCGAACAACUCCAUCGUCUUUUAGAAAAUAAUCGUGCUGAUCGUCUUAAGAAUGCAGCCGUUGUCAUACAAAAGAAUGUGAGAAAUUUAUUAAACAAACGAAAGUCAGUUCGUCAACAACAUAGUGCCAUUGUCAUUCAGAGAAAUUGGCGCCGCUUUAGAGACCAGAAACGUUAUGAUGAUUUAAAGAGAGGAGUAACAAAGGCACAGGCAUUGUUUAGAGGUCACAAAGAAAGAAAACGUUAUGAAAAGAUUAAGAAUGAGUUGAAGAGAAGACGUGAGGUUGAGAGAAUGCAAAAAGAACGUGCUGUUCAGCGUAUUCAAAAGGAACAGAUGCAAGAAAGAAAUCAAAUUGUUCACCUCGAUGUCCCAGCUGAAUUGGCAUUCAUUUUUUCAAAGAUCGAUGGAUGGACACCGAUUCAUGGUGAUCGUCAUUUGGUGAAAGUUUUGGGAACAAUUCCAGGUCCAAUGAAAACAGCUGAUAUGCCAAACGAUUUAGAUCAAUUUGCAUUCGGUAAAUUUAGUUCAGUUUACUGUAACGGCAUUCAAUUACAGCCAAGAAAAGAUCCAAUUAGUGCACCAUUCUUGUCACGUGCUGCUACAAAAGAUCAAGACUUUCAAGAUGCAAUUUCAAUAUUCAAACUCAUUCUUCGAUGGACUGGAGAUUCGACAUUAGAUGGCAAUAAAGACAAAGCUCUAGCUGAUUAUAUUAUUCACAAAGGAUUGGCAAGUAAAAAUCUACGUGAUGAAAUAUUGGUUCAACUUUGCAAUCAAGCUUAUCAUACUGAUGAGCAUCAUGCAAAUCGAAUUUGGCAUUUGAUGUCACAUUGUCUAUCCAGCUUCCAACCUGGAGCUGCAUUCAGUAAAUAUUUGAUGAAAUUCAUUAAUGACAAUGCACCUCCACCUUUACGUGAAGCAAUGUUAAAGAAAUUGUUGAGAACAAACAGUCAGGCACCAGCAAGAAAUUAUCCACCAUCUUGGCUAGAAUGGCGAGCAUCUUCACGACAAUCUGACAUAGCUCUUGGCUUAGUUUUUCCCGAUAACUCACUUCAAACUGUUGCCAUCGAUCAUUGGACAACUUGUGAAGAAGCAGCAGGCUUAAGCCUUGCAAUGCUAACAAAUGGACAAACUCAAGGAUGGUCGAUUGUAAUGGAAGACAAUGGAAUUGUCUCAGACACUUGUGGAUUAGAUUAUGUUCUUGAUUUAAUCGGAGAGAAGGAAUUACUUCCAGCAUUUCCAGCCAUCAAAAAUGAUUUAUUCAAAAAUAAAAAGCAAAAUGGAAUUCCAUCACCAGUUCGACAAAAUAGUGAGAAUGAGCCAAGCAGUCCAGUUAAAAAGAGACCACAAAAUAAACCUCCAGAUCCUCCAUUCCAACGUAAUUCGACAAAUGAUUUACUUGUGUCAACUGAUCAGAUUGUCACACGAUCGCAGCCUGAUAAAAUUGAACGUGAGGAAAUUCAUGCAAUUUAUGCACAGAGACCAGAUCAGAUCACACCUAAUCGUAAAAAUUCAAUGGAUUUACUAUCUAGAAGUUCAGCAUUAAAUGAUAGAUAUUUUGAAAUUGAAAAAUCAAGAUCAAGAUCGUUGGACAAUUUGAUUAAUUCCGAUAAUGAAGCACCAACUAUUCCUGAAGUUGUUGUUGAGCCUUUAAAUGACAUUGGUUUAUCAAGAGAAUCAAGAUUAAAUGACAGAUAUCAUUCAGUGGAACGUCUUGCACCAUUAAAGCAACCAACACCAAGACACUUGAAACCACCAUCAAUGAAAGCACGUCCAAUGGAUCCUUAUGGUAAAUUCAUUGAACGAAAUGAAAUGCUAAUUCGAUCUUCAGCCAUGUCUGAUACAUCAGAAGCACCAAGUCUUGCAAGUCAUGUGAGACGCUUGAGAGUUCCAUCACAGGCAAGUGAUGUUGAUCAAUUUUUAGAUGAUUUAUUCAGUCCUGUAUUAGACACACAACUUGAUGAAUUAUCAGAUGCUCGGUCACUAGCUGCAAGUAUUCGUGGUGGCGAAAUGAAUGACUAUCGUAUAUACUCAGAAGCACCAUUAAUACUCAAUGAUGAUGUUAAUGCACUCGAAAAUGCUAAUUUAUUAUGUCGAGUUAUCAAAGGUGGUGGGGAUGAUGAUGAUGAUCUCGUCCCAGACGAGUCACUUGAUGAAUAUAUAACUGAUUUAUUCCAACCAAUAUUCCUGAAUGAGAAUGUAAGAAAUCUAGCGGAAAAAGAGGAACUUGUUGAUGCCAUAAAAGGCGGUUCAGAAGAUUCACCAUAUCAGACUCAAGUUCAACGAGCGUUUUUAGAAUCAGCUAUGCAGCAAAACAUACAGAUUCAACAGCAAUUGAUGGCACAAAAUCAAGCACUUCAAACUUUAUUGCUUCAACAAAAUGAAACUACAACAACGACUGUAAAUCAAGGAAAUUCAAAAAUUAUCACUAAAACAACAACAGCAUCUGCAGCAGUUGUUACAGCUAGAAAGACCUCAAAUGAUAGUUCAUACAGCGUUCCACCACCUCCACCUCCAAUGCCUCCAGAGAAUUUAUGGGCAGAUCCAUUAGAAGCUAGACCAUUCCUUGAUCCUUAUGGACGUGCUAAAACUGUCAGAAUCGGUAAAUGGAGAUGGCCUCCACCGGCUGGUGAUCUCACUGAUUCAGCUGAAGACUUUAUUUCAUUUAAAAUAAGACAAAAUCAACGUAAAAUGACACCACAAAGUAUGAGUGCAAGUGCUGAUGCUAUUGAAUGGGAAGAAUUUGACAUAUCAGCAUCUUCAAGUAAUGUUGAGAAGUCGAAGGAAAGAUUUAAAUCUGAACCUCAAUUAAAUAAGACUUCAAUCAGCACACCAGUAUCCCGUGUCCAGAAGAGAAGUUUUGAUAUCGGAGCUGAAAGACCAACUCCAGGAAGUGUUGGUAAACUCAAAUUAAGCACAGAAAUGCGUCAACGUUUAGAACAAGUAACUGCAGGUCAUUCCGUGCGCUCAACAAAUAGCAACAAAUCAGAAAUGCCAGCACCAGUAAAACUUGAUGAAGCAAGAAGAAUGAUGCUUGAGCAACAACUUGGUGGAGUUCGCAAUCAUGUGCAAAAAAUGGAAAGUUCAAAGAUUCAAAAACCAUUUAUGCCACCUCCAAGUAUUCCAGCUCCUCCACCUCCAAUUCGUCCCAAUCAAACUGCAAAGGAGAAAAUUCCAUCAUUUGUUCAACGGCAUGAACGAGAUACUUUUGGUGUCAAAGACUUUGAUGACUCAUGGGGACGUGCAGAAGCUGCAAAGUUGGAAGCAAUGUAUGAUCCUAAUAGACGAUCAAGAUCACAUUCAAGGGAAAGAGAAAAUUUCUCAGAAUCAGUUUGGGAUAGGACGGAAGUUGAAGGACCUCCAUCAAAUGAUGAACAAUUCCGCUCUAAUUUCCGUGACAAAAAUCGUCAAAGCGAAAUGACCCAAAUUCUUCGUGAACGUGAGAGCAAUAUGGUCUAUCAGCCAAAACAAGAUAAGAAGUUAUCUGCAGCAGCACUAGAAAAAGCAACAUUCAAAAGUCACAUGUUUUCACAAAAGAGUGCACAAGAUAAGGAAAAGGAUCGAAAGACGUCUGCAUCGACAGUGCCAUCAUCACAAUUCAUGAAUAAUAAUGAGAAACAGAAUGGAUAUAAUAAUAGGUCGAAUGAUGAUAUGGAUAUGAUUAUUGAUGAUUUUGCGCAACCAUCGAUUCCAAAACCUGUUCUUGCGCCAAUGUUAAAAAGUCCAGCAUCAUGCUUAACAUACAACAAUCGUGUUGGAUGGAAAUUACGAGUUAAAAAAGAAGUAUUCAGACCUAAUGAAAAUGUCGGUCCACCAGUUAUUUUGGAUCUUUUGUUCGCACAAAUUGUCACCGAUAUUAAUGGGCCAUGCUUACGCAUCACACAGAAAGAAAAACGUCAAGCAUUGUCAUUGUUAAGCAGUCAUGGCGUUAAUUUGGAGAACUUAAAGGGACAGGUGAGAAAUAUUGUCAAGCGUCAAUUAGUCGAUAUGGCGAGAACCUGGCCAUUGUAUUUCUCACGAUUGUUUAUUGUCAACGGUUCCCCACAAUUUCCGGAUGUGUCAAUAUUGGCUGUACAUCAAAGUGGCAUUUUCCUUGGUCGUAAAGAAAAUGACAGUUUGGUGGUCUUAAAGGCAAUUUUAUUCACCGAUCUACAAAAUGCCAUUACACUACCACGACCGCAAGCACUCCAAUUGAAUUUGAGAAAUGGAAAUCGUUAUGCACUGCAUGCAUCAAGAGCGCAGGCGAUACAAAAUAUGAUACAAUCAUUCCUGCAAGAGUUUAAAUUGACACAAUCAAAAGCAUCAUUGAAAGUUACACCGAAUAUCGCGGCAACAACAGAGAAAUUGGAAGCAAGUCUAAAUGGACAUCAUGAUAAAUCAAUUGAAAAGAAUCUCAUCCAAAAUAAUCAUAACCUAAAAGAUGAUGAAAUUAUUGAUAAUAGUGAAUUCAUUAUGAUGAAUCAUACGGCAUCGACAAACACGGCAGCAACGACAGUACAACAACAGAAUGGUCAUCAUAAGCUAUCGCAUAAUAAUAGCAGUAAUAGUAGUGGAAAUAAUCAAACACAUGAGGCGACAGUCCAUCAAGAUGAAAGUUCACAGACAUCGAUUACAAAACAUUCGUUGCUGCAAUUUGCAAUGCAACACUUUAGAAAUGACUCACAAGAAGAAUCACCGAAAAGUCGAUCUGAAAAAUCACAAUCUGCUGACCGUCGUACUCACACAGCGGAUCUUGUGAAAUGGCAAAGUUAUCCAUUGACACAUCCAUUAUUAAAGCUUCCACCAGAACUCACGCCACUUGCAAUCGAAUGCUUUGAAUGUAUAUUAAGAUAUUGCGGCGAUAUGGCACAAGAUCAUGAAUUCACGGAAGUCAAAUGUGUCUAUACCGUAUUAAUGCACUGUCAUAAGCAUCUCAUUCUUCGCGAUGAAGUCUAUUGUCAAUUGAUGAAGCAGACAACAGCAAAUCGUUCAACAUGUUCCGACUCGAGUCAACGUGCUUGGCGCUUGCUAUCAAUUUUAGCAGCAUAUUUUGGAUGUACAGAAAGCCUUAAAGCAUAUUUAGUCGAACAUUUGACAUCAGCUGCAUCUGAUAGGAGAAAAUCAAGUCACGGAACUGCUCAAGUUUGCUUGACCAACUUGAGGAAGACACACAAGUAUGGUGGACGAAAGAAUGUACCAAGUGUUGAAGAAGUCACAGCUGUGUCCGCGGGACGAUCAGCAAGGAGGCAAAUUUACAGAUUACCAGGCGGUGCUGAGAGAAUCGUCAAUACGAGAUGCUCAACAGUCGUAGCUGAUGUCAUAACAGAGCUCUGCGCAUUACUUGGUAUUGAAUCAGAAGCUGAACAACAAGAAUUUUCACUUUAUUGCAUCGUCCAAGGCGAUGCAUUCACAAUGCCAUUAUCAUUUGAUGACUACAUUCUCGAUGUCACAACGGAACUACUUAAAUCUGGUCAGCCAUUCUAUUUGAUAUUCUGUCGUUCAGUCUGGCACUUCCCAUUGAAACGUGAUCCUGCACCCACACCAUUGUAUAUUGAAGUUUUAUUCAAUCAAGUCGCUCCAGAUUAUCUUGAGGGAUUAUUACUCGAAAUUCCAAAUAUUGGAGCACCAACGCCUGAUUAUAUUCGUGAUAUGGCAAGAAUUGCAGCUAUUUUACAUCGUGCUGCAGAUUUAAAUCAUAUUCCGGUAAUGAAGGAAAUUAAGUUUCUGCUACCGAAGCCAGCAUUAAGUUUAAGAGAAAUUAAGCCUGCACAGUGGGUAAACUUGGUGCAAUCAAUUUGGGGUUCAGUAGCUCCACUUUCACCACUCCAAUGUAAAGCACAAUUUCUGUCAGUUUUGUCAGCAUGGCCAUUAUUUGGCAGUAGUUUCUUUGCUGUUAAGCGUGUCUAUGGCGAUGAUAUAAUGUUGCCGGAAGAGUCAAAUGCACCGAUGUGGAGAGAAUUAAUAUUGGCAUUAAAUAGACGUGGUGUCUUCUUUUUGGACUCUAAUACGCACGAGACAUUACAUCAUUGGCAUUUUAUUGAAAUUAUAUCAACGAGAAAGGUUCGCUCUGAGGAUGGUCUUUUAUUCUUGGACAUGAAAGUUGGCAACUUGCUGCAACAAAAUGUCGUACGAGUACAGACGGAGCAAGCUCAUGAAAUAAGCAGAAUAAUGAGACAAUACAUCACAAUGGCACAAUCAACACAAAGAGACAAAAGAGAAUAG